AUGUCUACCUCGCAAGAUAAAGCCUGGAAGGACAAAGAGCAGGGCGCGGAGGCUGCAUAUGCUCGGCAGAAAGCUCAUGUCGGACUGAAGGAAGAAGAGCAGUUGGCUCGAAUCAGAGCCGAGUUGAAGGCCAAAGCUGCAGCAGACGCCAGGGACAAAGACUUUGAAGGAGGCCAUGGCGGGCAAGAAGACCUCGAGGACCGUUACGCAACCACAAGUGGAGAGCACUAG